AUGGCAUGUAACUUUUUUCCGACAAAGGCCAAGUUCAAUGCCAUGGGCGCUGGUGUCAUGCCGCUUGAUGGGCAGUCUGCGCAAAAUCUCUUAGAACUUGUUCAUGCAGACUUUCCGUGGUACUCGGAUCUUGAUUCCAUCUGGCAUAACAAUCCCUCCAUGGCGGCAAAGACUUACUCAUCUCAGCCGGGCGUUGAUCACACUGGCGCGCUGUACUCACUUGUCCAACCGCAUGGCAGGACUGGUCCCUCACUCCAAUUUGGCGCCACUGCUGGGGCUGGUUCCUCCAUACCGGCUGCUCAGUCCUCCCGCGGAUAUCUGCCCCCCAACAUGUGCCCACCCCCCAAU